GCAAUGCCGUGCUAUGCCUCUUCCGAUAGUAUUUCGAAGAUGGCUGAAGGCUGAUGCUGAUGGCUAUCAUGAGAUUCAUGAGCUAUGAGCUAUGAUGGUUAUGAAGUUCGUUUGUUUCCCUUGGAUGGUCUAAUUCGAGAAAAAUAAAGGUGCACAUUAUCAAAGAUUUUUUCCUAAUCAGACUAAACUCCUAUGUAAGAGCUCAUUAUAUACACAGGCGUUGUCAUCAAUCGAUACGCUCAGGUCCACACGAAUGUACAGUUGAGGAUACAAUUAAUAAUACAGAAUGAGUGCCAGACUUUUGAAGGAUCCAGCUACUGUUAGUAGCCGAGUGUUUGUUGGACACUUGCAGACCGAGGAUAUGACAAAACAUGAGUUGGAGGAACAUUUUGCAAAAUAUGGAACUGUAGUAGGAUCUUUAAUCAAUCGUGGCUUUGGAUUUGUGCAAUUUGAAGAGGAACAGUCUGCUCAGAAUGCUAUUCAAAAAGAGAAUGGUGCUAUGUUUAAAGGCAGACGAAUUGAUGUGAGGCCAGCCAAGAAAGACAAUCAGGGUAAUAACAAUAAUAACAAUAGCAAUAACAGCAGUAUUGCUAGUACAGCUGCCAGUGGAGAUAACUCUGUAAAACAAUCUGCCUCAAAUAAUCAGUUUAGUCCUGGAAACAAUCAAUUCCCUGGCGGCAAUGAUUCCUUUGAAAGGAACCAAAGCUUUGGAGAAGGAAAUCACAACUUUGGGGGAAAUAAUCAGAGUUUCAGUAACGAUGGUCCAUUUGGAAAUCAAAAGAAUAGAGAAGGAUCUGGGGAACAAUUUGGUAGUAAUAACCAGAAUCGUUCUAACGAACUUUUUGGAGGACAUCCAAAUAGAGGUGGUGGACAGUUUUCUGGUGGACAACAGAACCAGAACCGUGGAGGUGGAGGAGGUGGAGGAGGAGGCAAUGGUCCAUUUGGUGGAAACCAAAAUCGUCCACCAACUAAUCAAAAUAGAAAUCAGAACAACAAAGGAGGGAACCAAAGUCAGGGUGGGAACCAAGGGGGUGGCGGUGGCGGCAAUGGUGGGGGAGGUCCAGGUGGUCCUGGUGGUGGUGGUGGUGGAAGACCUCGAGGGACUCGAGGUGGGAAAAAUCGAAAUAAAAACAGAGAAAAUGCGGGCGGAAAUAACUUUAGGGAUCGUAGUCCCAUUAAUCGAGGAAAUCGGCCUGAUGAAAAACCUCGUGAAUGGGAACUCAAUAAACCUGGUGACGUUAGACGUCAAGGAAACUUUCCUAGAGACACAACUAAUAAUGGAAGUAAUCGUUGCUUUGAUGACUACAAAGGAUCUGGUGGACUCGGCAGGGAUGUCAACUCUGGUUUUGGGUCUACAACAGGUGUUGCAGCUGGUGGAAUAUCCUCAGAGUAUCCACCAAUUGCUGCAGAAAAGAAUGAUUGUGAAAUAAUUGUUGUCAACAAAUCCAUUACAGAGUAUGCUGAGAUAAUUGAAAUGCGCCUGAAGAAAAUGGGACUGUCAGUUGAUCUUCUAUUCCCCAAUGAAGACGUUCCAUUGAAUCGUGUUCUAGGAAAUAUAGCAAGUAGAGGAUGUCUAUACGCUAUUGUAGUAACGCACAUUAAUCAAGAGCAUCGUUCUCUUACCCUUAACAUACUUCAUGGUUUACCGCAGGAGCACAGAAAUAUGCCAAUCGACGACGCCAUUAAUCUUAUAUCAAGGGAUUUUAGCAACUAUAGAUCAGGAGGACGUUCAGUUCCUUUGAACGUUCCUUUGACAGUAGAUCGACAUCCCGACGCUAUACAAGUUCUCUUGAAUAUGUUAGCUGAUAAUCAUCAGCUAACAGUAUUACAAUACGACAGAGUGAUAAAGUAUUUGGAAGUGAAACGCGAGGAGCAAGUUCAGGUGGAGUUGGGAGACACAAAGGAUCUACCCACAACGACAAGUCUAACAGCUAGUGAUCCUAAACAAGCCGAGCUUCAGUCCAGAAUCCUGAACAUUCUUAAUAGCAACAAGACCGGCUCCAUGGCUCCGGUACCCAGUCCUGUUCCUGCUCCAGUACCUCUACCUUCAUCGACCGCCUGGGCACCAGCAGUUUCUCAUUCAGGAUCCGCACCGUCGAGCAGUGCCAGCAAUAGCAGUAACACUAUCAGCACAAGUACAGCAGGACCACCUGGUGCUACCACCAAUACCAGUACCGGCGUAUCUCCCUCGCCUUUAUUGAACGACCCAACAGUGCAAAAAGCUUUGGACAGCCUUCUACAAGGAAACUUAUUGAAAAGUAUCGGAGCUCAACAGCCACCACAUGCAUCUACGCCAUUAUUUGCAGCUUUUCCGAAUAUCGGUCGGUUUUAAAAUUGAUCUCUUAUCUCUAAUCUAUCUCUUUUAUCAAUUACUGGUAGCCAUUAGAUCUAACUUAGAUUUUAUUAUGUAUUACAUUUCAUGAGAACUUGGGGUUUGCUGAUCCAAUUAUUUCUUUCUAUCAUUUUCUUUGAUUGUACACUAUUAUUUGCAUUUAGUGCUGUCCGGGUUAGUAUAUUUGCUCUUGAUUAGCUGUGGGCUCUCAGGAAAGAAUGAACUUACAGUAUGAAGAGAAGGAAAUGAACAAGAUAGAAUCCAUUAUUACGUAUACAGAAUAUCAUGCGUCUUUGUAGCAAUUAGACAUUAACAAAUGAGCGACCAGAGAUGAAUAAACACCUUUCAUAGGAAUAUAGGGAUAAGCAGUGUUUUUUAUUCAAGAAUUAUUCGCUAAGUUACAUAAUAUCACAAGCAUAGUAUCCACAAUCCUUUAACGCGUCUGAAAAUGUAAAAGUGUAUUCAAUUAAUACAACUGUUUCCUACUUUCUUGCUGUGCAUCAUAUGUAAUAGGUCACUAGCAAAGCAUGUUUACAAUAAUAAUGAAGUCACCAAUGUCUUUCCAUUA